UUAGGCUACGAUCAUUGUUUAUCCAUCUCGCCAAUAUAAUUCUGAAUUUGUCGACGAAAACUAACAUAACAAUAUGCAGACUACUGAAAGUGCUCAACAAAAUAUCGUCAGACAUCGAGAAGCUAACGAUUCUGAUAGUUACAAUAAAGAUGCUCAACGUGAAACGGACUCCGUCCUUGCGCGGGAUGAUAUAGUCAAGAAGGAAGAAACAGUAAAUUGCUCAGAUACAGCUUUCAUUACACCAAUCGAUUUACCCAAUCAAUACAAAUGUCAGAAUUGUGGUAAACAAUUCGCCCGAAUGGCUAAUCUUCGCAGGCACGUCUUAUUACAUGAAGACAAGCGGCCUACUGGUGACAAACAGCACAAGUGUGAUGUGUGCAGCAAAGAAUUCAGGUACAGGUCAGUUUUAGAAGACCACAAGAAUACGCAUACCGGUGAGCGACCGUACAAAUGCACUGUCUGUCAAAAAGAUUUUUCAACUAAAUCUUCCCUUACCCAUCACCUGUAUGUCCACAAGAAUGGCCACAAGCACAAGUGUGAUGUAUGUGGCAAAGAAUUCAGGUGCAUGUCAGUUUUGAAAAACCACGAAUACACCCAUACAGGUGAGCGGCCUUACGAAUGCACGGUAUGCGGUAAAGGUUUUACAUCUAACACUAUUUUAACCAAACACAUGUAUAUUCACGGAAGUGACGGUAGAUAUAAGUGUGAAGUGUGCGGUCAAAAAUUUCGUCAUCGCUCAAGCUUAAACGAGCACGAAGAGAUUCAUGAGACUGAAAUACAGAAGUGCGUCUUUUGCGAACAAGUUUUCGACGGCAAAAUGAGCCUCAACAACCACAUGUCUAUUCACAAGGAUGAUAUAAGGCAUACCUGUGAUAAGUGCGGCAAAGAAUUCCUAACCAUAGAAUGUUUGAAAAGUCAUGAAAACACCCACACUGAUGACCGUUCGUACAGGUGUACUGUAUGCGGAAAAGAUUUUGCCACCAACUCUACUCUAUCUGGCCACAUGGCCCUCCACACAGGUAACUAUCGUUAUGCGUGUGAUAUGUGUGGCAAAGGAUUCAUGAUCAGAUCACAAUUGGAAGUGCACGAACGCAUUCAUACGGGCGAGAUGCAUAAAUGUUCCAUAUGCGGAAAAGAUUAUGCCAAAUCUUCCCUUCCCAAGCACAUGAAGCUUCACACAGGCGAAUUACCUUACCAAUGCACUGUAUGCGGAAAAAGCUUUGCCCUUAGGACUUACCUAACUAAACAUAUGUACAAGCACAAAAGUAAUUCUGGACAUAAGUGUAAUGUGUGUGGAAAAUUAUUUCGGAUCAAAUCGCUCUUGAGAGACCACGAAUACAUUCAUACAGGCCAGCCGAGGCUUUUCCAAUGCACUGUAUGUGGAAAAGAUUUUUCCUCUAAAUCUAACCUAACCAACCACAUGUUUAUUCACAACGGAGAUUAUCGUUAUAAGUGUAAUGUGUGUAACAAAGGUUUUCACAAUCGUUCGAAAUUCUUGGACCACGAACGCGUUCAUACGGGCAGCAUGCAUAAUUGUAGCUUUUGCGGAAAAAAAUUUACAUCUAAUGACUAUCUAACACAACACAUAACGAUUCACACGGGUGAAAGUGACCAUAAAUGUGAUUUGUGUGGCAAAGUGUUCAUCAAUUCUGCACAUCUUAAAAGGCAUAAACGCGUCCAUUCAAAUGGAACUCCAGUUCGAUGCACUGUAUGUGGCAAAGAUUUCAAGCAACAGGAAUAUCUCGUAACUCACAUGCGCCUUCAUAGGGGAGAAUCAUCGUGUUAAUGAUCAAUGUGCGAAUCUUUGUUCGUUGAGUAAGCAGAUUAAUAUUUACGCGAGUGAUAAAGGACAUGAACGAAAUGAGUACCGGAAAUAAUACUCUUUGGCAGGUACCAUUCGACUGAACUGCAUAAGUAAAAAAAUGAAAGAUUAAAUGUAUUGAAAAAAAUUGAAAUUUCUUCGUUUU